GUGUUUUAACGUGAACUUAUGAUGCUAUUUCCUCUCUAGUUCACACAAUCACCAGAAAGCCCAUGUCUUGGCAUGAUAACCUGGAGGAACCUGCAGAUGACAGGUUUCUGAAUCUUAUUCACCACACUGCCCAGGAGCCCAGGAAGAAGUACCCAGAGACACAGACUGAAAGCCAAGAAAUUGGGUGGUUCUCAGAGCCCUUGGUCAACCCGGAACGCGAUGACGCCAGGCUGAAUCACUUCGCGGUCUACAGUGACAUCACUCUGUACAAGUCUAAAAUGUGGAGCUUGGGAGAAGAUGAUCGCCACAAGUAGUUCGCCAGCAGUGGUGUCUGCCCACCUUCCAUGUGCAAAGUGUGUGCUGCCCAAAUAAAUAAAGGUCCUUCCUUGAAAGUCUAACCUUCUCCUA